ACUUAUGCGUGCAUUUUAUAUAUUAUACUUUACUCCAAUAUGACGAUCAUAUUUUACAUUAAUUAGACAAAAAUAAAAUGUAUAUAUAGUUUUACGUUUGUAAUACGUAUGCUGUAUACAUGUAUGUAGUAUAUAUUUUGUGUACAAACUGAAAAUGAAGCAUAAGAAGCAUAAAGACAAAUCUAAACACGAAAGAAAAAAAUUAAAGAAGAAAGACAAAAAGAAACAUAGAUCUCAGAAGCAUAAUGAAUCUAAUUCAAGCAAUAGUAGUAGUGAAGAAGAGCAACAAUGGGUAGAAAAACCAGUAGCUGAUACUACCUUAUUAGAACAAAAUGUAGCUGGUAAAUCGGAUGCACAAACACCUCUUAAAAGGGAGGAUUGGAUGAAUAUAAAAAAUGUAUUUCCAUGUGUAUUUAAUGAAAAAUCUGUGUCUACUAAUACUGGAAAGAUUGAUGAUAAACCAAAUUUGGAUAUAUUAGGUCAAACUAAUAAAGAAUUAAAUCCAUAUUGGAAAAAUGGUGGCACUGGUCUACCUGAAGAAAAUUCUGCAAAAGCUGAACCAGUAAUGGAUGUAAAUUGGUUAAGGAAAAGUCUUCAGCGAGCAAAAGAACAAGCAAUAAGUGAAGGUAGAAGUUUAGAAGAAAUUGCAGCUGAAAGAUGGGGUUCUUUGGAAACUAUACAAUUAAUGAUAUUCAAAGCAGAAGAUGCAUUGGACAAAAAAAAGUAUGGACAUAGUAGGAACACUAUUGAAAGACAUAAAGAUAAUAGACAAUUUUCCCAUCACUCUUCAAAAUGGAGGAAAGAUGAAUAUUAUACAACUAAAUCUAAAAAUUCAGACAAAAAUGAACAAUAUAGAAAACAUGAUAAUUUUCAUUAUAAAAAACAACAGGAAUAUAAAAAACCUACGAAUGAUGAUUGUUACAAAAAUGUUGAUAAACAUAACACAAACUAUUUUAGUAAAAGGAAUUGGCAAAAAGAGAAAACAUUACUGAAAAAGGAAGAAAAUCUGGUGGAUUCAAGUACCCCUAAGUCACAGGAUAUUGACCCUCAAAAUAGCAUCAACACAGAUAAUGUAGGAACUGAAGAAAUUAAACCUUUAACAGAAGCAGAAAUGAACAAACUUGGAGCAAAGAUUGUUAAAGCUGAAAUAAUGGGUAAUACUGAACUUGCGAAUGAAUUAAAAGAUCAGUUGAACAAAGCUAGAGAAUUUACAAAGAGUGUUAAAUCGCAUAAUAAAGAAAAAAUUCAAAAUGUAAUCCUUACUCAAACUGAUGCUAAAGGAGUUACAAGACCAUUGGAGCCUAGAAAUCAGAUUCCAGAAUCUUCUAAACAUAUUAAACGAAAAAAUGUAGAAACUUAUGAUUUUGGAAAGAAAGUGCGACAUUAUUUCGACGAUGAUAAAUAUUCAUUACAACAACUGUUCCAACGAGAAAAAGGACGUUGUACAAACGAGGAUGAUGCUGCACUUAUGAAGGUUGCUUCUAAAAACAUGGACAUGGAUGAAAUAUUUGAGGAACAAAUUACUCGGGUUAAAUCAGAUGCAAAACGUGAUGACAAAGAUCGUUCAGUCGCAAUUGAAGAACACAAACGUUUAUCAAGAAGUUUAGACAAUUGUCACUGGUGUAUUGAUUCAAAAUACAUGUUGAAACAUAUGAUUGUUACAAUGAAUUCUGAAAUUUGUUUAAGUCUACCUCGAUAUACUUCUUUGACCGUCGGGCAUUGUAUACUAACACCUGUCCAACACAUUGCAUGCCAAUUACAAUUAGAUGAGAAUAUUUGGGAAAAAUUAAAGAUGUUCAAAGGGAUUUUAUACAAAAUGUUUUUGGACCAAAACCAGUAUCCAAUAUUUUAUGAAAUUUACACCAAUCGACACAAGUUUUUACACAUGCAAUUACAAUGUGUCCCAUUACCAAAAGAAAUUGGUGAAUUAGCGCCGAUAUAUUUCAAAAAAGCCUUAUUAGAGUGUGAAACAGAAUGGUCAGUAAAUAAAAAAGUUGUUAGUCUUGAAAACAAAGAUCUACGUCACGCUAUUCCAAAUGGACUAUCGUAUUUUAUGGUGGAAUUUGAGAAAAAUAAAGGAUAUGCUCAUGUCAUUGAGGACGAGCGUGCUUUUCCAAAAAAUUUUGCAGAGGAGAUUAUAGGUGGGAUGUUAGAUAUGGAUCAUGAUAUAUGGCGAAAACCCAGAAAAGAAAAUUUUGAUCAACAACGUGAAAAAGUUUUAAAAUUUUCAGAAAUAUGGAAGAACUAUGAGCUUGAAAUAAAUAAUAAAGAUUAACAUUCAACAAGGAAGUUUAACGUACAUAUAAUACUACACGUGUAUAGAUGUAUGUAUAUUAUACAAAUCUUAAUGAAAGAAAAUUAGAACUUAUUUACAUAUAUAAAUAUUUAUUUAAAUCUAAAGGGGUUUCCAGUUUUUUAAGUUUUGUAUUUAUCAUAAAAUCCUGCUAUUAGUAGCGGUUGAAAAUAUUCUUUUAAAAUUGAUGGAAACAAUGAUAAAACUUUAAAACGUGUUCCCAUCCCAUUUUCGUCCAUUAUCAUCUGAUAUUCAGAUUCCAAUUGUUCUCUUUCUCCUUCUGAAAUAUUUUUUAGCAGCAUCUGUAAUCGUACGUCAAUUCCAAGAUUUUUUAAAAAACUUGCUUGAGUCACUGGUCCAAAUGUUAUUAGCCUAUUAUUUUUUUCUGCAACUUUCUUAAUUGCUGCAAAAUCAACAUCGGCCGUUAAAUCUGCAAUUCCCGGACGUACUAGUGGAUCGUGUAUUUUAUGUUGUAAAAAUGCGCGAAAAGUAUCAGUCUUAUCACCACUGUGACCAUAAUCACAUAUUAAAGCAAAUCCACCGCACUCCCAUAAAUAUUCUGCUAUAUGAUCUAUUAUUACUAAAGUUUGUGGACUAACUUCUAUGUGUUCCCUCUUAUCAUCGUUCUGUAAAAUAUUAAGUUAUUAGAUCUUGUUUAUCAGACGAGCGAGAAUAUGAAAAGAUUCUUACUGAUAAGUAAAAGGUAGCAGGGGUUGCUGUAUUUGAUAAAACAAAACGAAAUUUUUCUUCCUUACUUCCUUCAAUUAUAUCAACCAGCACCUCUUUCCAUCCACUACUGGUUUUCUAAAUGAAAAAUUGUAUUAUAUAAUAUACAUUACUGAUUUUUUCUUAAAUGUUAAGUAUAAUCACCUGAAAUUUAUGUAUCGGUAACGCAUCAAAAAAUUCAUGCGCUAAAAAUAUACUAAAUUUCUUAGGUAAAUCCAUUACAGAGUGGUACCAAUAUACAUUAACACCAUCUGCUGUAACACCUUCCCUAUAAUGAGGAAUAAAAUUUUGUUCAGAUUCA